AUGGUGCGAAGAAAGCUCGCCUUUGAUCAUGUGAUUAAAGACAUUCACAUCCCGCUGUCAGAUUGGGAAGGUAACAUCAGCUUGCAACCAUUCCCGAUAGUUCUGCCGCACCUGCUAGCCCAUAAACUGAUCUCUUGUGGCUACAGUGAACAAUGUCUUGGCCAGGGGUCAGACCGGUAUUGGAAAUUGACGCAGGAAGAGUUUGGCAUCUCAAGACCAGGUCCUCCAAAUUGUCCUGCCAUAGGCUUGCAGCUGUUUGGCGAUGAGGCGCAGAUCCAAGGUACUUCGUACAUGGCCCUGCACUGGUCUAGUGAACAGAGCCCUUAUUGGAGCAAAGCAAAACGCUCCAAGUUCCUGAUCGCCUUGGUGCCUCAAAAUUUUUACGCCAUGAGAGAGCAAGUGAACAUGACGCUUCAAAGUGUACUAGAGGCUGUUGUGGAGUCCAUCAAUGACUGGACUGACAAUGGAGUUGAUGGAUUGUACGCCAAAGUGGCAACGUGCAAAGGGGAUUGGAAGUACCUUGUUCAGAGUUUGAAUUUGAAGAGGAAGCCGACCACCAAUCGAAUAUGUUUUCUCUGCAUGGCAAGCAAGGAUAUGGAGAGGCCACUUACAGACCUCUCGCCGGAAGCUUUGUGGAGAGUGGAUGUGCCAACUGAGCCUUGGUCGGAGGAACCAGUUUUGCUCAAGCUGCAUGACAGCACUUUGUCUCACAUGGCAAUUGACUUGCUCCAUGUGUGGUUUCUUGAAACUUUCCUGCAGCGACCUGAUGUGAUUUGCGAUGAUGUGGUGAAGACCACAGUGUGGAGUGCUGUCAAUGUGAUUGAUGUGCUGUUUGCAUCUCGCCGGGACCAUGGCCUCUUUAUGGAGGAGCAGGACAUUCAACAAGUCCGAGCUGUUGGCUCCAUAUUUUGCA